AGUGGCUGUACCAUUUUACAUCCCUACCAGCAAUGUAUGGAGAGAUCCAGUUUCUCUGCAUCCUCGCCAGCAUUUGGUGUUAUCACUGUUUUUCAUUUUAGCCAUUCUGAAUAUGGUUUCUAGUUUUAGAGUUUCCGAACUACAAGUGUUACUGGGCUUUGCCGGACGGAAUAAAAGUGGACGCAAGCAUGACCUCCUGAUGAGGGCGCUGCACUUACUGAAGAGCGGCUGCAGCCCUGCGGUUCAGAUUAAAAUCCGAGAAUUGUAUAGACGCCGCUAUCCACGGACCCUCGAAGGACUCUCUGAUUUAUCCACAAUCAAAUCAUCGGUUUUCAAUUUGGAUGGUAGCUCAUCACCUGUAGAACCUGACUUGGCUGUGGCUGGAAUCCACUCGUUGCCUUCCACUUCAGUUACACCUCACUCACCGUCCUCUCCUGUUGGUUCUGUGCUGCUUCAAGAUACUAAGCCCACAUUUGAGAUGCAGCAGCCAUCUCCCCCAAUUCCUCCUGUUCAUCCUGAUGUGCAGUUAAAAAACCUACCCUUUUAUGAUGUCCUUGAUGUUCUUAUCAAGCCCACCAGUUUAGUUCAAAGCAGUAUACAACGAUUCCAAGAGAAGUUUUUUAUUUUUGCCUUGACCCCUCAACAAGUUAGAGAGAUAUGCAUAUCCAGAGAUUUUUUGCCUGGUGGUAGGAGAGAUUAUACAGUUCAAGUUCAGCUGAGACUUUGCCUGGCAGAGACAAGUUGCCCUCAAGAAGAUAACUAUCCCAAUAGUCUGUGUAUAAAAGUAAAUGGGAAGCUGUUUCCUUUGCCUGGCUAUGCACCACCACCUAAGAAUGGGAUUGAACAGAAGCGUCCUGGACGCCCCUUGAACAUCACAUCUUUAGUUAGGUUAUCUUCGGCUGUGCCAAACCAGAUUUCCAUUUCUUGGGCAUCAGAAAUAGGAAAGAAUUACUCCAUGUCUGUUUAUCUUGUACGACAGCUCACAUCAGCCAUGCUAUUACAGAGAUUAAAAAUGAAAGGUAUUAGAAACCCUGAUCAUUCCAGAGCACUAAUUAAAGAAAAACUUACUGCAGAUCCUGAUAGUGAAAUUGCUACAACCAGCCUUCGAGUUUCCUUGAUGUGCCCUUUAGGAAAAAUGAGGCUGACAAUCCCAUGCCGAGCAGUGACUUGUACACAUUUGCAGUGUUUUGAUGCUGCCCUUUAUCUACAAAUGAAUGAAAAGAAGCCCACUUGGAUUUGUCCUGUGUGUGACAAAAAAGCUGCCUAUGAAAGCCUGAUAUUAGAUGGGCUUUUUAUGGAAAUUCUCAAUGAUUGUUCUGAUGUGGAUGAGAUCAAAUUCCAAGAAGAUGGUUCUUGGUGUCCAAUGAGACCGAAGAAAGAAGCUAUGAAAGUAUCCAGCCAACCAUGUACAAAAAUAGAAAGUUCCGCUGUCCUCAGUAAGCCUUGUUCAGUGACUGUAGCCAGUGAGGCAAGUAAGAAGAAGGUGGAUGUUAUUGACCUAACAAUAGAAAGCUCUUCUGAUGAAGAGGAAGACCCUCCUGCCAAAAGGAAAUGCAUCUUUAUGUCAGAAACACAAAGCAGCCCAACCAAAGGGGUUCUCAUGUAUCAGCCAUCUUCUGUAAGGGUGCCCAGUGUGACUUCGGUUGAUCCUGCUGCUAUUCCGCCUUCAUUAACAGACUACUCAGUACCAUUCCACCACACGCCAAUAUCAAGCAUGUCAUCAGAUUUGCCAGGUUUGGAUUUUCUUUCCCUUAUUCCAGUUGAUCCCCAGCAGUACUGUCCUCCUAUGUUUUUGGAUAGUCUCACCUCACCCUUAACAGCAAGCAGUACGUCUGUCACCACCACCAGUCCCCAUGAGAGCAGUACUCAUGUUAGUUCAUCCAGCAGCAGGAGUGAGACAGGGGUCAUAACCAGCAGUGGAAGUAACAUUCCUGACAUCAUCUCAUUGGAUUAAAGGAGGACUGACUUGAUUCUGGGAAUCAUUCAUCAAAACUGCUCUUUCUUGGAUCUUUGGUCCAUGGAAACUAUAUUUUUGGCAAUUACUUUGGUAUUUAUUGAACAGUCAUAUGGAUUCUUUUGCUUUCUGAGAGAUGAACACAGAUGACUGCAGCAAGAACCAAAUGACAUGCAAGGAUUUUUCUUACUCGUGCUGUACUCUUAAGCGUCAGAUACAUUCAGCCAUAAUAUAUCUUCUUGAGAGAUGGAUUUCAAUUUCAUACGUUACUGGAUGGAGUCUACAAAUCAAUUUUAAAUUUUGUUAUAAUAAACAGCAAUAAAAAUUAUGUAAAUAUUAAACUUUUUUUCUAACUAAAAAUGAUGUAAUCACUGAUUCUAGGAUGAUUGCAACUUCUGUUUAACCUGAUGUGAAGGAAAAAAAAUAUGAAAAGAAGUUAUGUUUGCUGAAUGAGUCUUUUCCACGGAGAUUUGUUCUAUUUUGUUGAAGUAAUGAAGUUUUUAAUAAGUGGCCAAAGGUUGGGUUCCACUUUUCUUCCUGCAGUUCCACUUUUCAUGAUCGCAUCAAAGAAAAAUGAUCUUUGGGUUAUACAUUUUUCCCCUGGUUAUCUUUUACUCUUUGACAUUGUUUGCUAACGAAUGCAGAAUGAAGUUCUGGGAUUUGGCUACCUUUCAUUAGUGAUUGUGUUUAAGAACACUAUGCAGAUUCUGCCCUGACAUAAUGUGUGUUAUUUUUGGUAACUGUACAUUUUCAUUCUAGAGUUUCCUAUAUUUUGGGGGCUUGCCUUUCUCAAAAAAAAAAAAAAAUUCUAUGCAGCUGUUGAAUGAAAUAUUUGGAGAAUAAGGUGUAGUAGCUAGCACAUUUGUUAGAAUUUUGUUCAUACUGUGCAGGCAAUAUUGAUAGCUUUGAGGCAGCAGAACAGAUUGGGGAGGUGGAAAAAACAGUUUAAUUUUUUCCUAAGAACUUAGUUUGCUCAUUUGUUUUUAGAAUAAUAUGCAAAUCUUUGUUGAAACUUUUCAUAUUUUAGUAGCGCUUACAUAGAAAUUAAGUUUUAGGUCUCUGAUAAUAUUUCUCCCCUUAGCAAUGAUUUUCAAACUUAGGGGAAAAAAACACAAACACUAGCAAAGGAUGGGGACAGCAUCAUAUUUCUUUUUUUCCUUUUCCUCAAAGGAAAUCUUCCCUAAAACCACAGCAGGCAAAACAAUUAAAAAUGUUUGGAUUAACGUGAGUGAGGGUUGGAGAGGAUAGGCAUUAGUGUCUCACUCCAUGCCAUCCCCAAACACUACAGGGAAUCUUUUUUUUUUUUUUUUUUCUGGGAGGACUUGGAAAACCAUUUUACUAUAAUGUGACUUUAAAUCACUUAGGAAACUGAGUUCUACUCUUAGAAAAACAUUUUCAUCCAAAGUUUAUAGUUUGCUUCCUUGGCUUCCUAAAUAAGUUUUAAGUUUUCAAGGAUUUAGUACUUACCGAUUUUUCUUUGUAAGCUUUAUCUAUACUUGAAAAACAAGCCUCCCACCCCCUUUUUGUGGCUAAUCUAAUUGAUUUUUUAAACAGAAAUGUAUUUUCAGUUGAGGACUCUGCAAUUGCAGUUAUAAUAGGGCCACAUUACUUCAGAGUUGGUAAAACUCCAGGGACUUGUCCCUGCUUUGUUUUUGGCACCUUCUCAAGGUUUUAUGGCUGUUGUGUGCUCUUUUCGUACCUAUUUAAUUUUGUGUGGAAUUUUGCAUCAUCCCUUCUUUGGCUACAUCAUGUCCUUAUUUAAUAUAUUAUCCUUUGGGAGGGCUGCCUAUUAUUAAAAAUGGGGGACAAAAAAUACCCCAAAUCUUACAGCAGUAGUUGCACCAUCAUUGUCAGUUUUACUUUCUUAGUCAUUUUAUUUCCAAUCCAUGUUACAGUUUGGUCCAGAUACAGAAUUUUUUCUGGUAAGAUAUAUGUUGCUGCUCUAAAUACAGAUGCAAUUUUUGUUGACUCUGUAAUCAGAUAGAAAAAGUAACCUGAUUUGUGUAGUAUAAUUUGCUAAUAAAGAAAUGAUGCAUAUCCUUUAUCAUUUUGUUACCCUUUAGCUUUUCAGAGACUCCCUCCUCCCAAUUUAAUCAACAAAGUUUUAUAAGGUCAAGGAAAAUAUUAAUAGAUAUUAUUGACUUGGUUCUUAUAACUGAUAUUUUUGUGCUUUUGUAGUUGUGAUUUGUUUUUCACUGUUUUAUAUGAACAGAUUUAAUGGUUGGUGCUGUAUACUGAAAUUACAUAUGCAUCUUAAAUUUAUCUUACACAGGUGACUAAUGCUUUAAAAAUGUUCUUUUAAGUUUAUAAUCUUACAUUUGGGAUUUACGUUUUCUAUGUAUCUUUGAAGGUGAGUAUUUCUCUUUAUGCUUAUGGCAUUACGUCAACGUCAUUUUUAAGCCAUUAUCCUUUGUCUAAUAGUAUAACCAAUCUUUUCUUUUUAACAAAGACUGACUUAGCUGUUAACUUAGAUCCUGCCCACCUGCCCACAAUUAUCUGGAACAUACUAUUUAAGGGAAGUGCAUAGUCUAAAACAAUCACUUAAGCAACCUGUUUUUUAAAUAUUUUUCAAUUUGAAAUAUUAAGGGCCUUUCUUGCUUUGGUAACUCAUGACAGCAUAAUUGGUGCUGAAUACAGCUUCAUUUAAGGUCUGCCUUUACUCACUUAACUUUCUAACCCUUAGGUAAGCCACUUUAGGCUUUUAUUUUUAUUUCUGGCCAGAAGUUAUAAAUACUUAGCAUCUGUCCUAAUAUAAUUCUAAAAGCCAAAAUGAAGCAAUUGAAGUGAAUUUAGGUUAUGUAGCAUUUACCUGAUGUGUUUCAGAAAAACUACAAUGAAAUUACAAUAUGUAAGUAAGGAAUAGUGAUUAUAAUUAAGUUUAUCUAUAACCCUUGUUAUAAAACAUAUAUUCAGUGCAGUAGUUUUAAGAAAUUUGAAGAAAGAUCAGGUGUUGGAUUUGAAGUGAAUAGCAUUGAACAAAGAUUAUCCUGACUUAGUUGUUCAGACCUUACAGACUUUCUGCCUUCAGACCGACCCUGGACAUUCAUCAUUUAGUAACCAAAUUGUCUUUAUCUUCUGCCCCAAAAUGUAUUCAUUAUUUGACAUUUGUAA